CCUCGGGCAGGGCGGUUGGACUCGAUAGAGGCCUCUUCGAAUUCCAUUAUUCUACGAUUUUCUGCAAAAUGUUAAUGGAUUUUCGAGACCAGGUUUUCUAAAUUUUGUGAUCUUGGCCUGGAGGUCCUCAGAAGCUUGUUUCGUUUAAAAGAACUGGAGUUGAAAAUAGGUGUCUUCCCUGAGAGACCAUCUGAAGAGCCGUCCUUCGUAGAGACGGGAGAAGAAAAGCAAGUGGCGUGUGCUGGUAACUGAACAUGUUGGCCCUCAAAGGCUUCUGGAGUUGAGCAAAAGCUGCAGCACGUUCUUAAGCCGCGAAAUGAAGCCCUCGAGGCUUUGCUGGGAAAAGAGGAGGCUGCUCUCUUCAGCGCAGACGGAGCGAGUGCAGGAGAAGGUAGAAGUAAGAAUUGGUGUAGGCUAACACAAGGCGGCUUCAAAAGCAUUCCAACUCCUGAAGCUGAAUCUGGUCAAGCCCCAGUGAGCCAAACCAUGACAUCACAGUGAGAUGACAUAAAGCAUUUAAUAUCUAUAUCAAGACCUUUGCAGGCCUUGAGAAACUCAAGAUUCCCUUUAGUAGAGAGGUGUGGUUUUUUUGGCAUGUGGGUUUUGUCCUGUGCAGCUUAUUCAUAUCUAUGCACCGGACCACGUAGGUGACCCUCCACGCAAAUAGGCCUGACUUGAACGUGAACCUCAAGAGGUCCGCCUCCCUUUCCGCAAAAGUGCUAUGAGGUCUAUUUUACCUAGAAUGCAUGAUGCCCCUUUAUCGGAAUGGCAGGCCCACUGACCAAUGGGUGUUCAGCGAAAGCGGUAUCUUUUGAUUGGUUAGACGCGUCCUGGAAAAGGCAGACUUCUUUAUCAUUCAGACCACGGCACGCCAAGUCAAGCAAAAAGCACGGCAGACCUGAGCUUGGUGGUCCCGUCAUCAUGGAGACGCUGCUGUCCCAGGCCGAACAGCUGCCCGGCCUUUUGGCGGCUUCUCGCUCGGGACUGGUGCGGAACUGGGACCCGGCAACCCUGACAAGAGCCCUGAGCUGGGGGCGCUUCUUCCGAAGGCUCCACGGCCGCCUCCGCGCUCAGCCAGGCCUCCGGGCCGCUUUGGAGCGGCGCCUGAACCGGGCCGGCCUGUUGGGAGUCGGCCAUUGGAGGCGCUGCCCAGAACUUCUGGCCUUGGCCUUGCUGGAGAACCGGGCGCUCCCCUCUGCCGCCCGCCACCGCUUCUUGCGUGGCCUCUUGGCCCCGGCGGGGGGACCCAAGGAGGAGGAGGAGCCCUUCGUCCACCUCCUGGCCAGGCGGAAGGCGGCCUCCCAGCUGCUGCUUCUUCAUUUGCCUCCUCUGGCGAUGACCGAGGAGGAGUCCGACGAUGCCGGGGGGCGGGAUGGCCCCGUGGCGAAAACUCAGGCUCAGCUGCUCCUGUCUCGUCUGCGAGAGGAGAGCCACGGAGAAGGCGGCCACGAUGACGUCUCUCCUUCUGCUGCCCUCCUCGCACAGCUUCCCAGCGGCCCGACUCUGUACAGGGCGGUGGCGGCCGCCUUGCUAGAGCCCUCCAGGGAAGUGGAAGCGAGGGCCACCCUGCUCCCUUGGCUGCUGGGCGAUCAGGCCCGCCUGGCUUCUUUCUGCCGCCUCUUGCCCGCCCCUCGGAUGGCCUUGCUGUGCAGGCGUCACCCUGAGCUGAGCUCCCCUUACUUGAAGCUCUUGGCCUCUUGGGGAAGGCAUCUUGUUUAUGACCCCCUACGUGGGGAGUGGAGGACCAGCGGCUCGGAGGAAGAAGGCCAGGUGCCUUGGCAUGAGCUGCGGGAACGCGUCCGCUGCCUCUGGCAGGACCCGGGGCCUCCAGGCAGUGCCAUUCGGACCCAACUGAAACAGCUGAAAGCCCAAGAGGGGGACUUUGACGUCCCAGGUCUGAGUAUUUGGAGUGACCUCCUCUUGGACAUGGAGACCUCUGCAUCAUCAGCAAAAGAAACCAAGUGUACUCCCCCCCCCCCGGGAGCUGAGCCAGCUGAACAAAAACAAAGAUGUAAUUCUUUAACUUUCUGAAGAUGACUUGAUCCUUAUGUUUGACUUACAUCUAUUGCUUUAAUAUCUAGCAGCAGGCUUCUAAAAUACAAGAUCCUCAAGCUCUUACUCUUUAGGAGCUGCUUCAGACUGAGAGUCCCUCGUGUAAGACAAUGGACACUUCCUGAUUGUUUUCCAUUGUGUUUUUCCUUUGGGUGACUUUCCUGUAUUGUGUUCUUCCAACUUCCAUGCUUUCCUCUUGACUACAAAUUAUUUUAUUUAGUGUACUUAGGAGAUCCUUCUGCAGCCUAAAAGGUAAAAGAAUCCUAAAGAGAAAAAAUGGGUAGUCCUUUUCAUGUCUUGAAAGCUACUGUUGUGAAUAUGGGACUAGUUUUUGAGAAUCUUCUCAGGCUUAUGAAGACCAGCCAAAAUGUCACAGAGUCAUGAACAACUGCACUGAAGGAAGGAGACAAAGAAAAAUCUUCACUUGUCAUGAACUCAGCCUCUUCUUUCUUUUGUGAUCUUUUGGUUGAUCCUAAUGAACGUAUUAGCUUGAAUGUAUUUUGACAUUUUUCUCACGGAAUGACUUAGCCUCCUCUCUUCUUGUGUAUUUAAUGUAGGUGAGUCUACAGCUGACUUUAAAGAAAAAUGAACAUUUGGAUUCUGGAACAGCUUUCCUUUUGAACAACCACAAAUUGCACCCAAAAUAUUUGCAGUUGCUAGCUAUUUUAAAAGUAAUACUAAAUACAAAGAUAGCUGUAUGCAUUCCAAAAGAACGGUUAUUAAACUUGCUGUGUUGGGGUAAAUCUAGGAAAAAUCCUAAGGAAUCGGAGGUGUUUGUACUUCUCCUCUCAUUCGCCAUGAGCAUAAUUAGCAUUAAAAUAACUGAAUCGUAUUUGACACUGUCAUUAAUUGCGCAGAUUACUUGUACUGCAAUAGUGUGAAUCUUCACUCUAGUCCUGGUGUAUUUCUAUAAAUAAAAGCAUUGUUUUUCUUGA